UCGCACAGCUUUCUUAUUUCUCUGAAUUAACGAAAAAAAAAUGUCGGUCACUCGAUCUCAAACUCGCUUGUCUUUAGAAAAGACACUUAAGUUGAAUUCGGAAUCUACGGCUGAACCUGCAGGGAGUCCCAAUUUGAGCCUUAGGACUCCGAUGCGCCUUAGACGCGCCACCCUGACAACCGAUGCAUCCACUUCUGUGGUGAGGGGCAGGCCCACUUCGGCCAGAUCCGUGGCCCAGAAGCUCACGCCCAUAGACGAGAUUGCCUUAAAGCAAGAGCCGAAGCCCAUUGAUACUACCAGGGGCUUUCCCAAGAGGCGGUCCACUUCGCUAUCGUUCCCAGUUGUCGGUCUUUCGGGCACACCAGGUCCAUUAUUGCCACUUGAUCAAAACGUUUCCGUGAAGAAAGAUGCACAAGUGGAACCCGAUAAGGAGUUACCAUUGCAGCCAUCUCCUUUAGACUCGACCGUAACAAAGAAUACUGAACGCAAUCCAGAUACAUUGAAGGAAUGUCGAGUCAAGUUGGCGAAGACAUAUACAGAAGUUACUCACGGCAAAGGGGCUAACAAAAAGUUGGAGUUUGAUGAAGAAAACAAGGAAUCGCCUUCUUUCCAGGCUCAAAAAUCCCCGAAAGAAGCAAUUCUUCUCGAUGGGCCAGCCUCUGCUGGCAGUAACUCGCAAAAGGCACUUGUGGAACCCGAUAAGAAGUUACCUUUGCAGCCAUCUCCUACAAUAUCUACGAAAUCUGAACUUAGUCUGGAAACAUUGAAAGAACCCGUGAGUAAAUGUGGAAAUGUGCCAGCCACUGGUGGCAGUAACUCGCAAAAGGCACUUGUGGAACUCGAUAAGAAGUUAGCUUUGCAGCCAUCUCCUUUAAAAUCAACGACAUCUGAGAAAUCUGAACUUAGUGCGGAUACAUUGAAAGAAUCCGUGGGUAAGUCGUAUACAGAGGGUACCCACGGCAAAGAGACUAACCAAAAGAUAAAGUUUGAUGAAGAAAACAAGGAAUCUUCUCUCCAGACUCAAAAAUCUGCAAAUGAAGCUCUGUUUCUCGAUGGGCCAGCCCCUGUUGACAUUAACUCGACAAAAGGCACUAGUGCAACCGGAUAUGGAGGAAGAAGUCACCUUUAG